AUGAAUUCCAGCAGGGCAGACAACAACUUUAUUCCACCUGAAUGCAGCGUCUACAAAACAGUGGGAGGGAAGCUAUCCGAUUCUGAUACCCAAGCCAGAAACGUUCUUAUCUUAAUCGUAAUCACCAACAUCGUCCUAUCUCCCCUCACUGCUACUUUCAACAUGUUAUCGAUGAUAGCUGUAAAAACUAAAAGGCGUUUGAGAGAGCACAAGUCCAACAUACUGCUUGCUUGUUUAGCGGUGACCGAUUUGGCGGUGGGUGUGAUUGUUCAACCAAUGUUAACUGUCGUUUCAAUCAUCGACCUGGUCGGCGAAAUAACGAGAGAAUUGUGUUUAUUACAGAUCUGCACACAAUUUAUGACGAGUUUUUUAGUUAACUCGUCUCUUAUCCACCUGGCUUUGGUGAGUGGAGAAAGAUAUUUAGCCACGAAGCACGUUUACGCCUAUGCAAACGGACUCGUUACAGAGGUUCGCCUGCUGGUUGCUUCAGGACUGGCGUGGCUCCUCUCCCUGAUCUUGCACAUUCCUCUUUUUGUUAAGAUAUCAGUUUUUUAUGUCACAAACAACAUUUUCAUCGGAAUUUCUCUCGCUAUAAUAACUUUCUGCCAUGUAACCGUCUACCGCGAGGUUCGCAGACAGCAAAAGACACUUUCAACUCAACAAGUCACAGAAGAGGCAAGGCAGAAAUUUCUGAAAGACAAGAAGGUUUUCAAACUGACAGCUACAAUUGUUGCAGUGCUAUUUUUCUGUUACUUACCAAUAACCGUUGUUAGAAUUGUAUUAAACUGGUCAGGUUUAAUGUCUAUAAAAGUAAGGUUUACAAUUUUAUUCUUUUCCGUGUCGUUCACACUAUUUAAUUCAUUCCUUAAUCCACUUAUUUACGCCAUUAGGAUACGACAGUUUCGCGUAGCCUUCAUCGAAUUGUUAUGUAGAACCACAAACUUAGCCGAAGCUGAGGAAAUGGAAAGGAACAUGUUUAGACGGCGUAAUGCUGUGGCACUAAUGGACAGAGGACAAAAACAAGAAGAAGAACAUCAUGAUGAAGGACAGCAAAUAUCGAACGUGAGCACGUAAUGAUGUUCUCCCAGGAAGAAAAAAUCAUAUCCGUACAGCUAAUUACAACUAGAACUUCCAUUUAUUUACUUUCAUUUUAGAAAUAUACUGUCUUUGUUUCCCAGUAAAUGAUGAGAAACUUGAAAGUUUGAAGAGUCUGUCCACGAAAGGACCAGGCAAGCGUGACACAUGCCAUUUCACCGAUUUCUCUCAAACGUUCACAGUUUAUGAGGCGUGAAUACGAAAGCGAUCUUCGCAGUAAUGAAUAAUAGUAAUGAGGGUCACUAAGUAGUUCAAGAAUCCAAAGUAGUUCGGGCUCCCGGCUAAUCCCUGGGGUAUUAGAGCCCCCACAUCAAAUCCCUGGGGUACAAGGCUUAGAUUAGUUCGAAAAAUGCAGUUCCAAUGAAUCUCUCUCACACUAACAGAAUACGAUGGAUUUUAAUCUUACUGAGUCACAUGGUUGUUUGAACCUUUAGGAAACAAUUCUUAAAAGUUUGGGUAAUUUGACACGACUCUGCCAAUUUAUAGCAGUUAAUUAUUAACCAUGUCACACAACUAUUCCAAAAAAAGAAAAAAAAUUAAGGUUUUUUAAUUGCAAAUAUCUCCAAUGGGCGACAUUGUAUGUCGACAAACAUUCCAUUACAGAAAAGACCUGUCCUAAAAUUACGUUUGUGAGUAAAAAAAUAUUUGGUCUCUGUAAAAGAAUCGUGAUCACGUCCCUCUGAAAUACGUGACCUCUGAUGUUAAUUUAUGCAAUUUUUGGUCAUAAACUGAUAUUUAUUCACUCAAUUUCAAUUUGAGAAUGGGAUCGCCGACGCUAGUUUUUGUAGUACUAAUGUCUGAAAAUAACAGAUGUACAGCUGCCGAUCUAAGGCGUCACUUAUCAUAGAAAUUCGGUGACACUGACACAAUCUAUUAAAAAUAUAUAUGUAUAUAUGUGUAUAUCAUAAAUUAAACAUUACCGAAUUGAGUAAUGAACAUCGGCAGUUGACAGCGACUUUUGCCAAAUGUAAUUUAAAAAAAUGAAACAUUUUAUUUACUUAGUAUAAUUUUAUUCAAUACACAUAUCUUUUUUUGUCUAUGGGAAGCUUUUAGAAGACUCCAUCUAAUUUUAGGAACAUCACAGGAAAGUUGUUCUUGUUACAUUUACGAAUUGCGAUGUGAAAAUUGUCGACAACGAUAGAAAAUAAACUGGCAAUGUAGCUGAUAGCUGAACUGUUUUUCUUGUGUUUGAUUUUUUCGCUUUUUUAUGUAUGAAUCCUGAUGUCCAAUGAGAACAAAAAUGUAAACCACGCGUGGUUUAGAUAUCUUAUCCAAAACACGUGUGAUUUUUAUCUUGGUUUUCAUUAGGUUUCGAAACUCAUGCACGUGACGAAGUCAGCCAUUUUGAUCGCUAAGACAACUAAUGAAUGAAUUAUAUACAACUAAGUGUCAAAAGUUUCAUUUCCCAAAUAUUUUAGAAUACGACAGUGUAGUGGUGCCUUCGUAUCCCUUGUUAACAACUAUUGGCAAACUGAACAAAGAGGAUGGGAAAAUGCGUCGGCAGAGCAGGUGUGGAAAUAUACCAAGUAAUUCUUACAGCUCAAAACUCAGGGACGCAAUAGGAGUAGUUUAUGGCAAGGUUUUGUUGUAGUGGCGAGUAAUUAAUUUCCUUUGGACGUACUAAACCGGAAUUUUCCUUGCCAUGUUGACGGAAAGAGCUACAACACCCACGCUUGAGUUUCCAAAAGAACGUUUGGAUUCUGCGCUGUUCGUUCAUUCAUAAAUGAAUAAAAUGCUCAUAAAACUGCAUUCAAGUCGUGGAAACGGUCAGACGCUUCUUUUUCGGAAAAUAAAAAAAAAUAAAGGGUGCAAAUAUCAUAUCAUUCGGUGAGACCAGCGAUAGCGAUAACGGCAAGAGCUCACAGUCCAACCGCUUAGUUUCAACAAAAUAGAAGAAAGAGAGGUAGAUCCGCAACAAAAAGAGACAAAAGCUACACAAGCGAUGACUUCGAGCCAUGUAAGCAACGACAUGACCCCUGCUGAAUGUGGCGUCUACAGAGCAACGGGAGGAAAGCUUUCCGAUUAUUCGGACGCUCAAGCCGUUCAAAUCUUCCUCUUGGUCACCUUCACGAUCACGUGUCCUCUUAGUGCUACUUUCAACUUGUUAUUGAUAAUAGCUGUGAAAACUAAAAGACGUUUGAGGGCCCACAAGUCCAACGUACUGCUUGCUUGCUUGGCGGUGACUGAUUUAGCAGUGAGUGUGAUUGUUCAACCAAUGUUAAUUACCCAGUCGAGUCUCAACUGGGCGGGUGGAACCACAAGCUCGAAUGUAUCGUGUGCUUUACAUUUGUGUACACAAUUUAUUACAAGUGUUCUAUGUGAAUCGUCUCUUUUCCACCUGAUUUUGAUAAGCGGAGAACGAUACUUAGCCAUGAAGCACGCUUACGCGUACAGCAACGGACUCGUCACAGAGGUACGUUUACUGGUUAGCUCAGGUCUGGCGUGGUUCCUUUCUCUGAUCCUGCACAUUCCUCUUUUUGUUCAUAGAUGA